ACGUUAAAAUCCUCUCUGUCAAAGUCUGUCAAAGCCCACAUUUAAACAGCUGCCUCCCCUGAGCAGACAAGGCAGUGUGCAUUGCAUUCUGCAGACUCGACAUCAGAAAGCUAGCUCUAAAACAAACCAUUGUUUUUUUUGUUCCCCUCAUUCCUGCAGGAACCUGCCUAGCAACAUGACGGUGGAUGAAAGAUCUGGCUCUUCAAUGCAGUACUGCUGGACUGGUGCAUUCUCUCACCAUUUGCCUGAGAUUGCAGUUGAAUAUUAAAGCAAAGAAGGAGGAAUGGAUACUGAACUGAGACAGGAAAUCUCUGUUGUUAUUUGACAGAAGGAAGAGGAGGGAGAGAAUUGUUUUCUCAGUGCUGCUCCUGUGUAUUAGGCAUUUGAUCACACUUGAUUAAACUCAUUUUUUAUUACUACUGGACUAUUGAAGCAGAAUGAAAUGAUGACCAUAGUCUGACAAUGACAGAUGGACACACUGGAUGCCAAGUGUAGAAAGGAACACAGAGCGAUGUGUGCAUGAUUGGAGAAUAGCAACCCUGAAGAAAGUAUUUAUUUAUUUGCUUUGCUGGAGUGGUGGUUUGCAUAAAUUGCGUGCGGACAGCACAAAGCCCAGCCUAUAUGAGGAGGCUACUACAUGAAGAGGUAUCGGGAAACAUAAAACAAGACAUCUGAUAACAUGGACAUGGAGUUCCAAGGGGAGCUUGUUUAAAACAGCUGUACUGUAGUUAUUUAUUUUUAAGCUGCCAAGGUAUCCACAAAAAAAAGGAAAAAAAUAAUUACUACAGACCAGCAAAAUGGAACCCCCCUCCUGAUUCUUUUCAGAACUGUUGCAAUGUUUACAAAAGUGGUGAAACUUUUUAAAAUCUGAACACCCAAACAAAAACAUCAGAGAAUUUGACAUCUGCAUCAUGCAGUGGAGAAGGCGCCACUGCUGCCGAUUAAAGAUGACCUGGAAUGCCAAGCGGUCAUUUUUUCGAACACACAUCAUUGGCCUACUUUCUCUUGUUUUCCUUUUUACCAUUUUCCUGUUAUUUAACCACCAGGACUGGCUGCCUGGCAGGGCUGGAUUGAGAGAGAACCCUGUAGCCUAUACUGUGCGGGGUUUCCGUUCAACCAAAAAUGAAACCAAUCAGAGUUCACUGAGGAGCAUUUGGAAGGAAGCUGUUCCUGCAGUACCCAAGACACAGGCUGCUCUCAAUUCCAGCCAUCUCGAGCUGUCCUUGCAGGGGGUGACUGGACUGGAGAACACCUUGAGCGCCAACAACAGCUUGUACAGCGAGAAAGGGACAGGAGGCAAUGGCAGCCCUCAGCCCUACCGAUACAUUAUCAAUCAGCCAGACAAAUGCCAGGGCAACAGUCCCUUCUUGAUACUUUUGAUAUCAGCUGAACCUAAACAAGUAGAAGCCAGGAAUGCCAUUAGGCAGACCUGGGGAAAUGACAGCUUAACUCCAGGAAUACGAUCUGUACGACUUUUUCUGCUAGGAAUAGCAAAAGACCAAAACAGCUACCUUCAGCGUUCCAUAUUAGAAGAGAGUAGGCGCCACAAUGACAUCAUUCAACAGGAGUAUUUGGACACUUAUUACAACCUUACCAUCAAAACACUAAUGGGAAUGAACUGGGUGGCCACACAUUGCCCAUAUGCUCGCUAUGUCAUGAAGACAGACAGUGAUAUGUUUGUGAACACAGAAUACUUGAUUCAGAAACUCUUGAGGCCAGACCUUCUCCCCAGACACAACUACUUCACUGGUUAUUUGAUGAGGGGAUAUGCCCCGAAUCGGAAUAAGGAUAGCAAAUGGCACAUGCCACCUGAACUCUACCCCAGUGAGCGUUACCCAGUCUUCUGCUCUGGGACAGGAUAUGUCUUCUCAGGGGACCUGGCAGAGAAGAUCUAUAAAGUUUCUUUAAGCAUCCGACGCUUGCACCUGGAGGACGUGUAUGUGGGGAUCUGCCUAGCCAAACUGCGCAUUGACCCAGUGCCCCCACCCAAUGAGUUUCUCUUCAAUCACUGGAGGGUCUCCUAUUCAAGUUGUAAAUACAGUCACCUUAUUACCUCUCAUCAGUUCCAGCCCAAUGACCUUAUCAAAUACUGGAACCACCUACAACAUAAUAAGCACAAUGCUUGCAUCAACGCAGCCAAGGAAAAAGGAGGCCGGUAUCGACACAGGAAACUGCACUGGAGAAGACGUCACUGAUGAACUGGGAUGGAAAAUGUAAAUAGGGUGAAAAAAAUCAUCAUUACAGUGGGCAAUUACAAACAAGCAACUGAUCAGCACUUUUGGCACCAUCGUCAAUCAUAACUGAAAUUAUUUUUUUAAGUUUCAAAGAAACGUCAUGUACUAUAAAUAAAACAACAUGGGGUAGCAUAUAAUGGAAAGCAUAUUAGUGUUAACUAUGUGCAAUACUGAGCAUGCACAAACCAGUGGUAAAGUUGAUGCUUCAGGUGCCAAUAAAAAAAGUAAAGCAAAACAAAGAAAAUGCUAACACUUUUUCAAAAGCUUGCUAGUGUACUAUGCAAAGUUUUGUUUGCACUGUUUAUGUCAUUUAAAAAAAAAAAAAGAGUACCUAACAAAAAGGAACACUAUACAAAAA